GCCCUCUGCGGCCCUCUCUCCCUAUGCGAUCGCUUCUCGGCCUUUUGGCUCAGACCAAGUGUAGGACUGAGUCAGAGGUGCUCGGAAACAUCGCCCCUUGGCCUUGUGGCAUCGGCACUUAGUGUCUUAAGCCACAUGCUGCUUUUGGGGGGCGUUCUAUUCCGGGCAACGAGAGGCGAUCACCCUUCACUACAGUGAAAGCUGUGAGUGUUCUACAAUGGCUGCAGAAGAUGGUUCGGUUCCUGCGUUCGUCCGAGUGAAGCACUCAGUGAGAAUCAUCGCGGCAGAUCCUGAAAAUCGGGAGAAAGGCUUGGCAUACGUCGUGCAAGUCGUUUUGGAGGAGUUCGGCAGGGUAUCGAGGAGAGAAAUCCUUGCGAUCCAGGACUACCCUAAGAGAGGCAUCUACGAUAUCACCUUCGAUGGCGAGGGUAUUUAUCGCAGCUUCGUGGGAAUCCUGGAGGAGUGUCCGAACGAUCCUCGGCUGGGAGGUUUUAAGAUUGUGCCCCAUUUUGCAGAGGAGGAGAAGUUCUUGGUGGUUAAGUCCUACUCUCCUUUUGUUCCGCUUAAGGAGAUAGAAGCGGUUUUGAGCAGGUACUGUAAAAAGCUUGUUUUUUCAGGAAAGAUUCUUAACGAGCUGGGUAUCUGGACAUCGAAAUAUCGUUUCAAAGCUGUGUUCGAGAAAGGUGUCUUCCCGCCCGCAAGAUUCCGUCUCGGUACAGUUAACAUCGAUUGUUUCUUCAAUGGAAUGCCUGAGUUCUGUAAGAGAUGUCGUUUAUACGGACAUGUGACAGACGGCUGUGUUCGUUGCCAGAAUUGUGGUAAGGAUGGACAUGAGGUAAAGUCUUGUUCUGUCCCAAAGAAAUGCAAUUUCUGUUUACAGGAGGGUCAUCUCUACGCGGGGUGCCCUCAGAGGAAAGCUAAGGAAGAGAAACCUAAAGGCAAUGCUGGUAAGUUACCUGUACAGGUUGAACCAACGACUGAGUCAUCUGGUGAGGAGGCGUCAGCAGGUAAAGCAUCACAAGGGAAGCUGGCAGUGAAAAGAAAAAAAGUGGAGAAGAAAGGAAAACAAAAGCCUGAAGUAAGUGCUACUGUUGAGACUGUUGAAACUAUGGUGGUUGAAUCUCUUUCCAGAGGGGAGAGACUGUACAAUUUCUUUAAAGAGAAGUCUAACCCAGAGAUCCAGGCAGCGUUGAGCGAUUGGUCAGAUGAAGAUGAGUACGAUUAUUUAGCGAAGUGCAUCAACGAAACUCCGGAGAAAAAAGACAUUCGGAAAAAGGUGUUGGAUUACAUGAGAAGUUUAAAGUAGUUCUUUUAAUAAAAAUACAAAAAAUAUAUAUAUAAUAAAAAGGAAAAAAUAUAUACGGUUUCUAAAUGAUUUUGUAAAGUGAUUGGUGGUUAUUCACUAUGAUACUUUAUUACUGAGAGAAACCCUAUGCUAAUGCAGAGAAUUGUUAGCCGCCAAGGCUAGCUAAACUGGCCGGCCCUCU